AUGGCGCCAACAUUCCUCCGGCACAGAAGGCCCAUGCUGGCGCUGAAGAGCUUUCUAACCAAGUUGUAUCAACACCUCCUGGCCAUGGUAUUUGCUGUCAAUGAGAUCAAUAACAACGUCAAGAUCUUGCCCAACAUCACCCUUGGAUUCCACAUCCAUGACAACUAUAACGAUGCAAAGGUGACUUAUCAUAAAACUCUGGACUUGCUCUUCAAGUCACAUCACUAUAUACCCAACUACAAAUGUGGAAUCCCAAAAAAUGUAGCAGGAGUCAUUGGAGGACUUGAUUCUGAUUCCUCUUCACGCAUGGCAGACAUCUUAAGACUUUACAAGAUUCCACAGAUUUCAUAUGGUUCUUUUGAAUCAGCCGUGAGCGAUGAAACCCGUUUCUUCUUCUACCGCAUGGUCUCCAGUGAAGCCUUUCAAUAUGUGGGAAUUGUCAAGUUGCUUCUGCAUUUCCAGUGGAAAUGGGUUGGGCUUAUUAGUUCCGACGGCGAUGAUGGAGAACGUUUCUUGCAGGCGUUGGAGCCGAUGCUUUCCGGGAAUGGAAUCUGUGUAUCCUUCAUGGAAAGAAUGAAAAAAAAUCUGCAUGUUGAUAAUCCUCAUGCAGCCAUAUUUCACUUUAUCAGUAAUAAUCCAGAUUUCUUGGAGACAAAAACCAAUGUAGUUGUUAUACAUGGGGAUACUACAACCAUUGUGGCUCUGGCAAAUAUUCUAUGGGCAACAAAAACGUUGUCUUUUAUGAUGGAAGAAGAAUACGUGCAGCGAAUUUCUGCAGGAAAAGUGUGGGUUACAACAGUCCAGGUUGAGCUGGCAUUAACUAUAAUCCUGAAGUUUUUUGAUAUACGAAUGCUUCAUGGUGCUUUGGGCUUCACCAUCCACUCCAAUGAGCUGACGGGUUUCCACAAAUUCCUCCAGACUGUAACGCCUUUCUGGGCCAAAGGGGAUGGCUCGAUCAAGGAUGUUUGGGAACAAAUAUUCGACUGUUCCUUUCCAAAUUCCAUGGAUCCCACAAACCUCAAUGAAACAUGCACAGGGGAGGAGAGUCUGGAGUCUGUGCCGGCGCCAUUUUUUGAAAUGAGCAUGACUGGUCACAGCUACAGUAUCUACAAUGCCGUCUAUGCUCUAGCUCAUUCCUUGCACGCCAUGUACUCAUCCACAGCCAGCGGCAGAACAAAAGAGAACAGGGGCAGACUGGAUGUGGAGCCCUGGCAGCUAUACUCAUUCCUUCAGAGAAUAUCGUUCAACAACAGUGCUGGAGAUGAAAUUGUGUUCAAUGAUCGUGGAGAAUUGGAUGCUGGGUUUGAUAUUACAAAUGUGGUCACUUUUCCCAAUAACUCCUAUACCCGAGUAAAAGUCGGAAGGCUGGAUCCUCAGGCACCAGCAGGGAAAGAGUUCACUGUGCAGCCGGAUAAAAUUGAGUGGCACCAUACUCUGAGUCAGGUGCCUCCCUUCUCCUUAUGCAAUGAUUACUGCCAUCCAGGACACAGCAAGGAACCAAGAGAAGGAGAGAAAUUCUGCUGCUUCAAUUGUGUUCCCUGUCCCAAAGGGAGGAUCUCACACCAGAUCGACAUGGAAUACUGUAUCACUUGCCCAGAAGAUCACUAUCCAAACAGCAAUCGAGAUCAAUGUAUUCCCAAGACCCCAAACUUCCUUUCCUUUGAAGAACCUUUGAGCAUUCUGUUAAUCUGCUUAACUGUGUUCUUUUCUCUGAUCACGGCUCUGAUACUUGGAAUUUUCAUUAAGCACCAGGACACCCCCAUAGUCAAAGCCAACAACAGGAGCCUCACCUACAUUCUCCUCACCUCCCUCCUUCUUUGCAUCAAUUGCUCAUUGCUGUUCAUUGGACAGCCAAAAACAUGGACCUGCCUCUUCCGACAAACAAUCUUUGGCAUCGUUUUCUCAGUCUCUGUUUCUUCUGUUUUAGCAAAAACCAUUACUGUGGUGGUAGCUUUCAUGGCCUCCAAGCCAGGAAAUAUUUUUAGAAAAUUGAUGGGGAGGAGAUUUGCACAUUCUGUUGUUAUUUCCUUCUCCCUUGUUCAAGUGGGCAUUUGUGCAAUUUGGUUGAGUACUUCCCCUCCAUUUCCAGACCUGGACAUGCACUCAACCUUUGGGGAAAUCAUUUUGGAAUGCAAUGAAGGCUCAGUCACCAUAUUUUACUGUGUCUUGGGCUACAUGGUCUUCCUAGCCACUAUCAGCUUCAUUGUGGCUUUUCUAGCCAGAAGAUUACCAGACAGUUUUAAUGAAGCCAAGUUCAUCACUUUCAGCAUGUUAGUCUUCUGCAGUGUUUGGAUAUCCUUUGUCCCAGCCUACCUGAGCACCAAAGGAAAAUAUGUAGUGGCUGUGGAGAUCUUCUCUAUCUUAGGCUCUAGUGCUGGACUGCUGGGCUGCAUCUUUUUUCCCAAAUGCUACCUGAUACUACUAAGGCCUGAGCUGAACAGCAGAGAGCAGAUGAUGAGGAACAAGAAUUGA